AUGGAAAUAUUUAAAAUAUCCUCUUUAAUUGCGUUAUUUAUUGUGUUCGACGUAACUUCAGCCUUAUAUUUCCACAUAGCAGAAGGCGAGAGAAAAUGUUUCAUAGAGGAAAUACCCGAUGAUACGACUGUUAUUGUAAAUUACAAAGUGGAGCUUUAUGAUCCCAGGUCGGGAGGAUUUAUGCCUUCGACACCUGGUAUCGGUAUGCAUGUGGAGGUUCGAGACCCGGAUGACAAGAUGUUAAUGUCUCGCGUGUACUCCUCUGAAGGCAUGAUUUCUUUCACGUCGGUCAAGCCGGGAGAACACGUUAUCUGCAUGUACUCUAAUAGCACAUCUUGGUUUAGUGGGUCACAGCUAAGAGUCCACCUUGACAUACAAGUGGGAGAGCAUGCAGUGGACUAUGCAAAUGUGGCACACAAGGACAAGCUGACAGAGCUGCAACUGAGGAUCAGGCAGCUUCUAGACCAAGUACACCAAAUUACCAAGGAACAGAGUUAUCAGAGGCACCGGGAAGAGCGCUUCAGACAAACAUCGGAGAGCACAAACCAACGUGUACUGUGGUGGUCUCUCCUGCAAACUGGUGUACUCGUUGGUAUCGGCUACUGGCAGAUGAGGCAUUUGAAGAGUUUCUUUGAAGCUAAAAAAUUAGUUUAA